UCUGCGCCGCCGCCCCGUCACGUGGGCGAGGCGGGGUGACGUCACCGGCGCGCGCCGGCCGAUGAUGCCGGAAGUGCGGAGCGAGCGGCGCAGCCGGGCUCCGCGCAGCGCUCCCAGCCCCGCCAUGGCCGCUGCGGGCGGGGAUCCCGGCCGCGCCGCGCUCUCCACGCUGCAGUUCGCUCCCUUCAGCAGCGCCCUGGAUGCGGGGUUCUGGCACGAGCUCACCCAGAGGAAGCUCAACCAGUACCGGCUGGACGAGACCCCCAAAGUCAUCAAGGGCUACUACUACAAUGGUGAUCCUUUGGGUUUGCCAGCUCGCUUGACACUGGAGUUCAGUGCCUUUGAUAUGAAUGCUUCAAUACCAGCACGUUGCUGUCCUGCUUUUGGAACUCUGUAUAACACCAACACUUUUGAGACUUUCAAAUCCUGUGAUAAGAAAGCACUUCUGGACAAGGAAGCAAAUGAGAUUUGGGAAUCAAUCAAAUCUGGAGCUGCUCUGGAGAACCCAAUGCUCCUGAACAGGUUCCUGCUGUUGACAUUUGCAGAUUUAAAAAAGUAUCAUUUCUAUUAUUGGUUUUGCUACCCUGCUCUCUGCUUCCCUGAUGGAAUUCAUAUAACUCAGAAACCUGUGUGUCUUGGGGACAGGUUCUCACUAAAUCAGAUUGAAGCCCUGCAGAAAGCCUAUGAUGACCUCUGCCAGGAGGAGGGGGUGACAGCCCUGCCUUACUUUUUAAUUAAGUAUCAUGAUAAUUCUGUCACAAUAUCCCUGCUGAAAAGGUGGGAUGGCUUCUUUCAAGACCAAGGAGAAAAGGUGACAGUUGGAGUUUAUGAUCCCUGUAAUUUAUCCCAGUAUCCAGGAUGGCCACUGAGAAACUUCCUGAUCCUGGCAGCCCACAAAUGGGGCAGUGUUCUGCAGAGGGUUGAGGUGCUCUGCUUCAGAGACAGGACCAUGCAGGGGGUCAGAGACAUCUCACACAGCAUCAUCUUUGAAAUCAAACUGCCAGAGACACCCCUGGGCCCAGAUUGUCCAAAAGCUGUUGGAUGGGAGAAGAACCAAAAGGGAGGCAUGGGGCCAAGGAUGGUGAAUCUCAGUGAAUGCAUGGAUCCAAAAAGGUUAGCAGAAUCAUCCGUGGAUCUGAAUUUGAAGUUGAUGUGCUGGAGGUUGGUGCCUACUCUGGAUUUGGAAAAGAUUGUGGCUGCCAAGUGUCUGCUGCUGGGAGCUGGCACCCUGGGCUGUAGUGUUGCAAGGACCUUGAUGGGCUGGGGGGUGAGGAAAAUCACUUUUGUGGACAAUGCCAAGAUCUCCUACUCCAACCCCGUGCGGCAGCCGCUCUACGAGUUCGAGGAUUGCCUGAGUGGGGGCAAGCCCAAGGCUCUGGCAGCAGCAGACAGGCUGCAGAAAAUCUUCCCAGGAGUGAGCUCUGAAGGUUACAACAUGAGCAUCCCCAUGCCAGGCCACCCAGUGAAUUUCUCUGAGGUGACCAUGGCCCAGGCUCAGAAGGAUGUGGCCAAGCUGGAGGAGCUCAUUGAGGCCCACGAUGUUGUGUUCCUGCUCAUGGACACGCGGGAGAGUCGCUGGCUGCCUGCUGUCAUUGCAGCCAGCAAGAGGAAGUUGGUCAUCAAUGCUGCCUUGGGAUUUGACACUUUUGUUGUUAUGAGACAUGGCCUAAAGAAGCCAAAACAACAAGAAUCUGGUGAUUCACAUUUCAGCAACGCCUCUGCUUCUUCUGAUCUGCUGGGAUCCUCACUCUUCUCAAAUAUCCCUGGCUAUAAACUGGGCUGCUACUUCUGCAAUGAUGUUGUGGCACCAGGGGAUUCCACCAGGGAUCGGACACUGGACCAGCAGUGCACGGUCAGCCGGCCUGGACUGGCCAUGGUGGCUGGAGCCCUGGCAGUGGAGCUAAUGGUUUCUGUCCUGCAGCAUCCAGAAGGUGGUUAUGCUGUGGCCAGCAGCAGUGAUGACAGAAUGAAUGAACCACCCACUUCUCUUGGGCUUGUUCCUCACCAGAUCCGAGGAUUUUUAUCCAGAUUUGAUAAUGUUUUGCCUGUCAGCCUGGCAUUUGAUAAGUGCACAGCCUGUUCAGCCAAGGUCCUUGACCAGUAUGAACGAGAAGGGUUUAAUUUCCUAGCUAAAGUUUUUAAUUCUUCACAUUCCUUCUUGGAAGACUUGACAGGUCUGACUUUAUUACACCAGGAGACACAGGCUGCUGAGAUCUGGGACAUGAGUGAUGAUGAAACAGUUUGAAAUCAGGUGCUGAGGAGGAGGAGGAUGCUCUGGAGUGCAGCCCUGCCUUUCAUCUGUGCUUUGAGGAGUUAAUGAUUGCUCACCCCUCCUGACUGCUGCAAAGACAAACAAACAGAACCCACCUUUUGCCAUGAAUAACUUCACUUUCAAAGCAGUCCCUUAUGGACAGAACUCACCAUGUUUUCAUUUUUAUUGUGUAAAUAACUGCAGCAAUGUGCUUAUGUUUAAACCUGGUCUCUCUUUUUCGGGUUGGGUAUUUUUUCUUUUUCAAUAUCUAAAUAUGGCUUACAUAUAAAAAAUGCUGCUUAAGUAAAUUUGGGUGGUUUGUUUGGGCCAGGUUUUAUUUUGCUUGUCAAUAGCCAUGUCCAAGCUGCAUUUCUGAAUGACUUUUUUCAUCUCUCUCAGAUUUGGGGGUACUUAGUUGGAAUUUGUGAAGAUUGAGCAAUUUCUGCUCUUGGGAGUUAAAUGUAAUGCUUAAAGGUGGGCAGGAGUGGGUAAGGACCUGAACCUGCUGCCUCCACCACAGGAAUUGUUUGCAAACAAGAAUUUCAGGUGCAGUUGUUCUGGAUGUGCCCAUGGAAUUGUUGUUCCCUGUAAAGAUCUUUUUAUGCUGUGGAAACAAAGUGAUUGGACUGAUUUUUGCCCAGGAAAGACCAGAACAUUUAUAUCAUGAUUAGGCUCCCCUGAGGCUCAGAGAAGGCUCUGUUAUAUGGUAAAAAAUUGCUGUAGGGGGUGGUGGGUCAUUGAUUCAGUCAAAACCUGCAGGGAAAUGCUUCACUGAAAUGAGAAAUUUGUUCUCUGACUUUGCUGUUCUUGGGUGUGGUCGUGCAGAACCUUGCAGGUGUUCCAAAAGAGCAAUUCUCUUUUUGGUUAAUUUAAUUUUUUCAAGUGGCUUCAGAGAUUAUGGCUGAGCACAAACAGGAGUUUGAGAAUCCUUGAAUUUAAAAAAAUAGCUUGAGAAGAAAGGAGUUUGAAAAUAUCAAAGUGCUUUACUGCAAAAUUGAAAGUGAAUUUAUUUGUCUUAACUUGGAAUAGGUUUUAGAAGGAAAUUUGAAAUCCCUUUCAUAGCUUUAUAUUGUGGGGUUUAUGAGUUAACUCACUUAGAAAGAAAUGCAAAUCACUUUAUCUGCCAAGCAGCCUCUAUUUCCCAGUUAUUUUAUGAAAAUUACUUGGUCAAUCCAAUUAUUUUAGUUCCUUCCUUAACAUAAGCCCUGAAGAUUUUUUUAUAGACAAUUUCCCAGCUUCUCUCUCAUCAGAAGAAGUUCAGUCAGGUCAAGGAUAUCUGCAACUCCCAUCUUCUGAUCAGAAAAGAAGAUUUAUUGAAACCUGCUGAGGUUUGCACCAAGUGUCUGAAAUAGCCCUUAUUGUCUAAAAUAGCCAUUAUUUCUGUUUAUUUAUAAUCAUAGCCAUUAUAUUUACAUUAUUUCCUACCUAGGGGAAUGUCUAAUUUAGGUAACUUCAGUGUAAUAUAAAAAUAUAUAUGAAUGCAAUAUAUUUUGGAAAUCAGAGCUGGUAAUCAGAGCAAAUCAUCUCUUGGUGGUCAGGCACUGAAGACUGAGACUGAAACCCUGAAAUCUGCAUUUUUAAGGCACUUAAAAUGCACCCUGACUUUGCAGCCAUGUUUUUAGCCAUGCCAUAGUCCAGCUGCAGCCAUGGGUUGGUGCCAGGGGAGUUUAAAGGGAAUAAUCAUCUUUUUUUAUCUUUGGGAGCUGCUGACCCGUGGAGUGUGAGCAGCUCUGCAGUUUGGGGUUAUCUAAGACUUGAAAGCUGCACAUCUUUCUGAGCCUGGUAAACAUUAAUAAUUGUUUUAAAUACCUGCAGCUCAGCUUGGGAAGUGCAGGGGAUCAGGAGGAGAAGGGCUCAGGGUUCAGGUUCAUGUUUCCCUGUUUCCUUUCCUCUGCCAUCCCGUGCCACCAGCUCUCCCAGGCUGGGCUCUGUCCUGCCCAUGUGCUUCCCAGAUGUGCCUGAUGUGCAGAAACAUUUCCUCUGCCUUGGAAUAACUGCCCUUGGCUCACUAAAAAAUCUUGUUUUCUUUCUCCUUGCAGACCAGGAUUGUUCUUCUUUCACUUUUCCUGAAUUUCUGGGCAUUUACUGAGUGGGAAAUCCCAAGAAUCCAUUCCAGUGAAUGAGUGAAUGUACAUUCAAAUACUAACAGCAGAUAAAGACAUUUCUUUGCUGCUUUGUGUGCACUUAGUGCAGGAUUUCUGCACAGACCCCAGCUCCAGUGCUUGCUGUUUAAUGGGACAAGCUAAACUUCCCCUUUCUCCAUGGAGGAGCUGGGAUUUUCCUGUUAUUUGUGCCCCUCCACCAUGGCACCAGCAAAGAGGAAAACACUGAAUUUUCUCCAUUGGUGCCAGUCAACAGUCCAUAAAUGCUAUCUGUGAUUCCUUUUAAACAGUAAAUUUAAUCAGUAAACAGUGAAAAGCCUGAACUUCCACUGGAGAGCCCAGCCAGGGCUUUUCAGGUGUGAACCAAAUCUGGGAAAAGAGAAUGAGCAGCCUAAGAGGACCCUGCUCAUAUUCCUAAAUUAUCUAAUGGGAGUCUACUGGCAUUUUAUGGCAAGCUGCAGCUGUGCCACCCCCAUGCCUCAUCUGGGACAUUUAAUUCUGCUAGAUCUCAGUGGAGAGCUGUGACACCACUUCUGUACUUGAGCAUUAAAGAGCUGAUGGAAUGCCAGCUUCUGUUGUGAUUUCACACUGCUGCCAGCUGUGUCACCCCUGCAGUGUGUGCUGCUGAGGUUUAGAAUUUGUUAUCUGGGCCCCAUCCAUCAGAGUGAGGAAUUUGGGAUUCUGUGGGAGUUUUCUUCCUUGGAGCCCUGGACUAUGGGGAAUGGAUUUCCCUCAGGGACAGCUGGCACUGUCCUGGUGCCACCACAGCCCUUCCCAGAGUGGCUGCUCUGAGUCUGAGCCCUCAGCACUGGGAUGUGUGAGGGAGAGAGGCACAAAUCAGAUCAUGGAGGAGGAUUUGUGAUGGGCCAGGCAGGUUAAGAAGGAACCACCAAGUUCCAUCCCCAGGAAGCUGAAGAGAUUCUGCUUCAGUAGAAGGCAGCAGCACUGGAGGUAUUUUGGCACAACAAAGGAAACUGCAGUGACUGUUCCAGACCUUAAAAUCAUGGAGUUAGAGCUUGGAAACAUGUUUUCCCUUCCUUGUGUCCUCAGAGGAGCCCAGUGAGACAAACCAAAAUUCCCAUUUUGUCAUCUUUGAUGUUCCUAUCUCGCUUCCUGCAUGUCCUGCCCGUGGCAGGGGGUGGCACUAGAUCAUCUUAAAGGUCCUUUCCAGCCCCUUAACAUUGCAUGACUCAGAUCUUGUUUGUUUGUUUGUUUGUAUAAAUUCUGGCUGCUCACCUUAAAUAGAUGCAACAGAAGUGUUUGCAAACUGAGUGACUGCCAUCUGUAAGCACUUUAUUUUCAUUUUUCACUUGAGCUCUUGUAGAACACUCACUGAAAUGGGUUUCAUUUCUGAGCUUUGCCCUGUGGAAUCAUGAGACAACACUUGUUUCUCCUUCUUAGUGAACAAAUUCUUCCUGUUAACUUGCAUAGCUGGGGUUGGUGGUGGAAUCAGAUUUGGUUGGAAAAGACCCUUCAGGUGGUCAAGUGCAAGGAUUGCCCCAGCUCAGCCUCUGCUCCAUCCUCACUCUGCUCUGGGACUGUGCAUGAAGAGCUCACCCCAACCCCCAUUUCCCUUUCAGAUUCUGCCUGUUUGUCCAGCCACACCAUAAAACCAGUGAGAUUCUGGGAUGGGUUCUGGGUUUUUUGCAGGAUUCUCAGUGAGGCCAGGGAUGGAUGAGGUCACUGCUGGUGAUACUGCCUCUCACAGAAUCCAUGGGCUUAUUUUUAUACAGUUCCUCUUCAAAGUGUAACCAAAUUUUAAGAGUUCCAGGCGAGUCCCAGCUCUGUUCUUGUGGGAAUAGGAAGGAUUGCUCACAUUCUAGCAGCAGAAAAUCCAUUUCAGGCUGGCACAGAGCCAGCCUGUGCUCCCUCCACGUGCUCCAGGCCACUCUGGGUGUCCCUGCUCAGGGAUUGCUGCUCUGGGGCUUUGCAUCCAGGAAAAGAGAGCAGGAGCAGCUCUGGGCUGGGAUUUUACUGCCACAUUUUGAAUUUCUUUUUGAAAUAACAGUGCAAGGCUUUCCUUAGAAACAAAUAAGCAUUUCUACUCCAAAGAGAGCCAUUAAGGAAAUAUUUGCAACAUGGGAAAUUUUAGCUGACUUCAUAAGAAACAGAGUCUGGAAGAUGUCUCCAGCCUGUUGCCACUUGGCUCCAUUAAUUCCUUUUUUCCUUUCUUUUUGUUCCAUGUUAAGUGCAGCUGAUGUGCUCAGGAUGGAUCUUUCCUUGCAGAGGCUGUUGGGCACCUUUGCCCCUGCAGAGCACCUGGAUGAGCUGUUUUAAAAGGCACAACUACCACACUAGGGGGACUUUGCUCUGUGCCAGGCUGUAAAUUCCUGACCCAUGAAAUAAAUCCCUGCCUACCUGCCCCAUUUCCAGCUCUCCCACCCUUGCAGCUGCCUGGGCCUUCUCAGAGCCUAAGAACACCACACAGGUCAUGCUUGAGGUUUGAAAUUCAUCUGACCUGCCCCCUCUGCUGCCUCUUCAGCUUUCCAGCAUAAUCAUUUCUGGAAAGUUCAUUUUCUUACCUGUGCAAUGCUUGGCAGGUUUGGAAGUAAAAAACCCUAACAGCUUAUUGACUUUUUUUUUUCUCUCAGUUUACUCUUAUUGGUCACCUAUCAAGAAUCUCUCUGAGCUUUAUUCUCAGUUAUCCUGGGUCAAAACUUGUUUUGUUGCCAUGCUGAAGGCUCAAUAACCAAACUGCAGCCCCCUUUUUUCUUGGGGCCAGCACUGACACCCAGCAAUCCUCACCCUUCCACCAGUCCAGCUUGGAAGGAAUCCCUGCAGUGAGUCACCUGAGGAUUAUUUUAACCAGGCUGAAGCUCCUCCCAGGAGGGUUCCCAGCACUGAGCUGGAGUGGCAGGGAUGUGCUUUAAGCACCUUCAGGAAUUCCAGUCCUAGGGCAGCAGUUUUUUCACCUCAUUUCCCAGUGCAGAUGAUCUCACCCAGGAUGGGGAUGCAGAUGUCUGCUCCAUCCAUAUGUAAGUUCAGGCUCUAAUUGCAGCCUCACUAAUUAGAUUAUCAGCCUGUUGUGACUUAACCACAGCACUUUGUCAAAUGCAGUGCAAUUAUUUAGGAUGGAUUUUCAGAACCCACCAGGUAUUUGUCAAAAUUUGACCAGCACAGGUUCUCUCUGCUUAAUCAGGCCAUUGGAGCUCCUUGGGCUCAGGGAGAAAAAGGGCAACAGGAGUUGUAAAAACAGCCUGGGCUGUGUUUCCUGGCUGGCAGGGAGCACACACUCCUUCCAUCCAUCCCCUGCAGCUCUCUAAAUGGUGUUUCCUCCUGCUCUGGGCAUGGGUGUUUGUGCAGCACAUUGAUAGGAAGCACAAUGGGCUUUGUCUCUGCACUGAAGGUCACAUGCACACGUGCCUCUCAUUUGAAAUGCAAAAAAUGUCAAAUUGCUUCUCAACAAAAUUCUGUAGUGAGCUAACAGGAAAGGACAGGAGCAACUGUACAGUGCUGGGCUGCUCCAAAUCUAAAGCCAAAUCAAAUCCAAAUCAAUGAGUUUUCAAAUAUUACUCCUUGUAAUUUCCCUCCUCUCCCAGCCAGUUCCUUUCUGUUCCUACAUUCCUUGGCUGGGGGUUGCUGCUUCAGUAGCCUGAGCAUGCAAAAAUCCAGGCUCAUGUGUAACUUCAGUCCUUGGCACUGGGACACUUGACUUGCAGGAUCUCAGCAGAGUGAUUCACUGCUUGAUUUGUUAGUGAAAUACUGUUCUGGACUCUGGAAAUUGGACAGGGGAGGCAUUAAACUGGACAGCUGUA